CUCCUCUAGCCUGGGUUUCUGCUCCAUUCCUCCAUGGAGAUCUCGUGCGGUCCGCUGACCUGUCCAGCAUCCUUUCUACCUCGCUCUGACACCACAAAGCGCGCUGAUGACAUGGAGGGCGGGUGUGGCCCCCCUGCAUGUGCGACGGACCCCUUGCUCAAGCCAGCAGCUGGGCUUCCGUCGUCACGCGUGACAAAUCCACAUCAGCUUGACUCUGGCUUGACCCUGCUCGGUGCUUGCGCGAGAAGGUGUUCGCUGGCAGUACAAGGUCCGAGUCUCGGAACUUCGAUUGCACGCCACCGCUGCGCGCUUUUUUCCACGGAUCAGCCACCAGUGCGGUGCGAGAUCCCAGCUUCGAAGCACACCAUGCUUUCCGUGAUCCGCCGCAGGUGCGGUUGCGCCACCAGCCGCGCCGCUGGGAAGCUGGGUCCUCUGAAAAUAUAACACCGGACCGGAGUCGCCUCAAAUAGAAACAAAUACCAAGGUGGCCCCUUACGGACCCAAGGGACGAGCUGGCCAUGCUGUGAUUGGAGGUUGCCUUCAUUAACCUGGGACGUUUCCGGGACGCGCGGGUUGCUGGAGCUCGGCGAUUGGAAGCUUCUCGCAAAAUCGUUGAUCGAAUCAAGGUGGCGUCAGUUGCAGCGGGGCUGCAGUUCGGCUGGGCUCUCCAGCUGUCCCUCCUCACUCCCUAUGUGCAGCAGCUCGGCAUUCCCCAUGCCUGGGCCUCCUACAUCUGGCUCUGUGGGCCGUUAUCUGGCUUGUUUGUUCAGCCGCUGAUCGGCCAUUGGAGUGACAGCUGUCGCUGCCCGUAUGGCCGGCGCCGGCCGUUCAUCGUGGCAGGGGCUGCUCUGGUGGUGGUGGCGGCGAUGCUGAUAGCCUUCUCAAGGGACUUGGGAGUUAUGCUGGGGGAUAGGGUGGAGGAAGGGAGGCCGCUGGUGGGGGCGAUCGUGGUUUUCAUCCUCGGGUUCUGGCUGCUUGACUUGGCCAACAACAGCCUGCAGGGACCCUGCCGAGCUCUGUUGGCCGAUUUCACUGGCACAGAGGGGAAACGGACCCGCAGAGCUAAUGCGUACUUUUCUGCAUUCAUGGCUCUGGGCAAUGUGCUCGGCUUUGCUGCGGGCUCCUACCCGCACCUCGCCUCGGCUCUCUCCGUCCCGCUCUCCCUCCUCCUCCGCCCUUUCGGGCAUUUCUCGCUGGUAACCACGGCGUGUAACAGUGUGUGUGCGAACCUGAAAGCGGCGUUCAUGCUGCACGUGGUGCUGCUGCUGGUGUCGACUGCUGUGAGCGUCUCUGCUGCUUCCGAGGAGCCACUCUCUGCUGCUGGUGCUGAUGGUGCCAAUGGUGGUGCUGGUGGUGCCGAUGGUGGUGCUGGUGGUGCCGAUGGUGGUGCUGUUGGUGCUGCCAACACUGCAACUGGUGGUGCUGCUGGUGGUGCUGACACUGCUACCAGUGCUGCUGGUGGCGGUGGUAACCCUGCAAUGGCCUCUGCUUCUGUCGGAGAGGCUUCUAAAGAGGAUAAUCUGAUUACCCAGCCUCUUUUGCGUUGUUCCACCUACCACGCUCCCGCUGCCCCUCUGUUGAAAUCUGUCCAUGCUACAGCCUUUGGUGCUCCAGCCAUUCAUGCUACAGCCUUGAAUCCUACAGCCUUUGAUGCUAUUGCCAUUCAAGCUACAGCUUUUGAUGCUCUUGCCACUCAAGCUACAGCUUUUGAUGCUUCAGCCAAUGCCCCAGAAACUGCUGCAGUCCAUCUUUCACAAUAUCCGGUUACUGUUCAUGGCCCAAUCACUAGUAGCAGCAUUGGCAGCGGCAGCGGCAGUGGCAGCAGCAGCGGCAGUGGCAAUGGCAUCAGUGAGAGUGGGACAAGUGGGGUGUUCAGCCUUAGGGGGGUGUGGCCGGUUGGUGACUCGUUAGAAGGUCUCUUCCCUGCUGAUUCGUUACAAGCACUCUCUCCUGAUGUGCACAUGGAGGAGGGAAGGAGAAGCAUUGUCGGGGAGGGGACGGAGGGAGGGGGAAGGGAGUGUGUGAGGGAGUGUGUGAGGGAGUGUGGGAGGGAGUGUGGUGGAGGCAACGAAAGUCAGUUGGGUGUGAGUGAGAUAGAGGAGGCGGGGAGAGGUGAGAGGGAGAACAAGAGGGGGUUGAAGGGGCGAAGGGGAUGGGAGGAGGGAGGAAGUGGGAAGGAUGCGGAAGAAAGGCGAAGUCAGGAUGAGGAAGAGGGGGAAGCAGGAGAGAGGGAGGGAGGUGCGGGAGAGGAAGGAGAGGAGGGGGGAGGAGAAGGAGAGGAGGAAGGAGAGGAGGAAGGAGAGGAGGAAGGAGAGGAGGAAGGAGAGGAGGAAGGAGAAGAGGCGGCAGGAGAAGAAGAGGAGGAGGAGGAGGAGGAGGAGGAGGAGGAAGAGGAGGAGGAAGAGGGGGAGGAGGAGCCCAAGCAAGUACUCCUGUGGGAGCUGGUCAGCUCGGUGCAGCAGCUCCCUCCCCCAGUCCUACGAGUGCUGGCAGUCACGGCAAUCACCUGGCUCGCAUGGUUCCCCUUCCUCCUCUUCGACACCGACUGGAUGGGACGGGAGGUCUUCGGCGGCUCAACUAGCCUUAGGGAGGCUAGUAAAGCGGCUAGCGAGGCAGCUCUUAAGGCGUACAGCAGGGGAGUGAGGUUCGGGGCACUAGGUUUGGUGCUGAACUCGGUGGUGCAGGGGGUGACGAGCCUGAGGAUCGACGCUCUCUGUAGGAGGUUCGGGUCUCGGGCAGUGUGGGCGGUGGGGAAUCUGAUGCUGGCGGUUUGCCUGCUGGCCACCGCUGCUGUGCCCUCUGCUGUUGACAUGCCUCAGAACCUGCUGGCACCUGCUGUGCUCUCUGCUGGGCCUGCUCCCGGGAUUCCUGCUGAAGGGCAGUUGCCUCACAUCCUGCUGGCCACGGCUGCUGUUCCCUCUGCUGUUGACAUGCCUCAGAACCUGCUGGCACCUGCUGUGCUCUCUGCUCCUGCUCCUGCUGAUAGUGCUGCUGCUUUCGCGUUUCAUACAGUCACUAAUCAUAUAGCCACGAAUCAUUCAAUCACAGGUGGUACAGGGACUCAUCCUGCUCCUGUGGGUUCAGUCACAGGGUUGGGUCGCCUUGAGCCCACUACAGUGGCUGCUGGUCUGCUGCAGUUCCCACUGCUGUCCGAGCAAUGGUUGCGGCAGGGGCAACUGAUUGGGCAGCAGAAUAUGCAGCAGGGGCAACUGAACGGGCAGCAUAAUAUGCAGCAGGGGCAACUGAACGGGCAGCAGAAUAUGCAGCAGGGGCAACUGAACGGGCAGCAGAAUAUGCAGCAGGAGCAACUGAACGGGCAGCAGAAUAUGCAGCAGGGGCAACUGAACGGGCAGCAGAAUAUGCAGCAGGGUGGGGAAGCGAUGCAGCACCAGCAGGAGCAACAACAGCAGCAACAGCAGCAACAGAAGCAACAGAAGCAGCGACAGGAGGAGCAUUUGGGAGGGCCUCUAGAGUCCCUCUCUCUGCAUCGGAAGCUCAUACGCAGUCAAAGACCGGCGGGGACCCCGCAGUCUCUUGAGCCCAGUCGGAGCAUGCUGCAGGAUCCAGUCCACCUGCCUCCCUCCUCAUUCCAAAGCACGAUGCAGAGCCCUUCCUCCUCCGCUUCCUCUUCCUCCUCCUCUUCCUCCUUUUUGCCCUUGGAUCCGCAUCCGACGGACACGAAUGUCGUCCUCCCAUUGCUCCAGCGUCUAAUCUCCUCGUUGUCGCAUCUCCUUGCCGCUGCUGUUUCGCGGCUCCUCCCCUCGCCGUUGUCCCACGUGUCGCAGUCAGCAGUGGCCAAGGGCGCUGCUCUCACCAUCUUUGCUGUUCUGGGUGCUCCCAUGGCGGUGACCUACAGCCUCCCGUUCUCCCUCACAGCAUCCUUCACCACCAGGGGGGGCGGAGGCCAGGGCCUGGCAGCUGGUCUGCUCAACAUCGCUAUAGUCCUACCUCAGAUGUUUGUCUCACUAGCCAUCGGUCCGUUUGAUGCUUUAUUUGGAGGGGGGAACAUCCCUGGUUUCAUGGCAGCUGCUGCUUUCGCUGCUGCUGCAGCCGCAGCGGCUUUCUUCACUCUCCCCCGCCCUCCCCCUGACACUCCCCCCCUCCGGCCCUCUGCCCUACGCCGGUCGUUUAGCUCACCUUGCUUCUCUCCUCUCCCUACCUCUGCCCCACGAUCCGAUUCUGCUGGCUCUACUUGCGUUUCCCCCCUCCCACCUUUGGGCUUCAAGACAUGGUGCAGUAGGAAUUACUAGAGUUCCUCAACAUAUCGUGCAUGUCUAUCGUGGAGAUGUUUGUCGUCAGAAUGGUUCUAAAAUUGUUGAUGCUCCACUAAUAGGUG